AUGUACCCUGAUCUGUUCAAGGGGCUCGGGCUAAGGAAGGAGGACCUGAUGAAGCACAUUUCACCUUUGGUUGGGUUCGACGGCAAAGUAGUGAUUCCUGAGGAGCAAAUUUCCCUUCCCGUGAUUAUAGGAGGGAAAGAGGUGGCAGUGAGAUUCAUAAUAGUAAGUUCAUUUUCCCCGUAUACUGCCAUUCUGGGAAGACAGUGGAUCCAUUCAAUGAGGGUUGUCCCAUCAACACUACAUGUAAAGAUUAAGUUCCCAACCGAGCAAGGUGUCACCGUGAUAAGAGGAGACCAGCAAGUGGCCAGACAGUGUUUUACCACCAUAGUGAAUUGGAAGCGGGGGAAUCAGGUUGAAGCAAGCAUGAGUAAUGAGGAAAGAGUCCAAGUAUUGCUGUUUCUGAUUCAAAACAUGGAUGUUUUCGCUUGGAACCCUUAUGAAGUUCUCAGGGUUGAUCCCGGGUUUAUCGUCCACAAGCUUAACGUAGACCCCUUAUAUUCCCCAAAGAAGCAGAAGCCGAGAAGGUUAGCCAAAGACCAUGUUGAGGGGGUAAGGCAGGAGGUAAAGAAGCUGAAGGAGGCAAGAGCAAUAAAGGAGACCUUUUUCCCGGAAUGA